AUGGGACCAAGGGAAGCACGGGCACGUCGCUCUGCGCAAAGCGGUGCACCGAUCACGCAGUGCCGCGAGGUGGAAAUCUGCACGUGCCACACCGUUCGCCAACGCAACGGUCUAAUAGCUGACGAGCUACGGCUAGAGACUGACGAAACGGCAGACUGCGAAGGGACCGUUGUUCACGGUCGACAUGACAGUUGUUCACCGUCUUCUGCAGUUAAACGAACGGUCCGCCACCUCAGCGGCAUUUCUAACAGAAACCUCGAAAUCAGACUUAUUAAUUAG